GCUAUUUGUUGUGUGUUGCUGAUCAUUUCUGAAGGGAAUGGGAGAUUACAUGCAUCUUGGCAAAAUGUGAAAUGGAGAUUUUUGUGGUGAUUUUAAUGCCACAGGGUUUUUUUUUUGCUGGUUUUAGGUGCUGUCUUUGCUGCUGUGAUGUUUAGAAGAGAUUGCAAAGAUGAAUACUGAUUAUUUCCGGUGUUGUCAUUGUGAAUUGUUUUUGCUUGUAUGAUCGUGUGGUGAGCUAGUGAUAAUUUUGGAAUUCACCUAUGUAUUGUUGCUGUGUGUAGAUCGAUACGGUGGAGUAAUUUCAGUCAUUGGUGGCUGUUGGUAAUAGUGGAUGAUGUUGAUGAGCAGCUUCCAUAAUAUUUUCAAUUUGGGCAAAAAUGUGAUGAUUAUAUUGGUGAUUUCCAUGCUGGUGCGGUCAUUGUUUUUCCUGGACUGAUUAUGACAUGAUCUGAGAUUGUGAUGUCAUGAAUUAAUGAUAGGCAUAGAGAUCUUAGCGGUGUGUUUUUGAAAGCUCUGUUGCUGAUUUAAGAGUCAGUGAUAUUUGAGACAGAGAUUAGUUUAGGUGAUGAGACAGAAGCAAUGGAAACGUCCUCCAGAAGACAACAAAGGCGGAAGGGCAUGGCUGAUGGACUGUGCUGACUGAUGGUGCUGCCCACUUGCAGGAUGAAGUUGGCCCACAGCAGGUUCAUACUCCUCCUGGUGCUGGCAGCGGUGCUGGCCAUUGUGAGCUUCAGCCUUCAGUUCUUGCACCUCAUUCCCACUGCCCCAGUGAGUGAGGAGCGGCCGCAGGGGAAGAGCCGAAAGAGGGUGAUCCCCGUCCCACACACCGAGCCCCCGGAGCCAGACCCCGUCUACGAGGCCUACGCCUACUGCAACAUCCCCAACCGCUCCGAGCAGGGCUGGGAAGGCCAUGGUCCCGCUGGCUAUAAGCUGCUCUCCGUACAGGUGAUGAUUCGUCAUGGUGACAGGUAUCCACUCUAUGCCAUUCCCAAGACCAAAAGACCGGCUAUUGACUGCACACUGGCGCCGGACAGGAAGCCGUCGCACCCCAAGCUGGGCGCGUUCAUCAGGCACAUGGCCCGCGGGGGGCAGGGCCGCUGGGAUGCUGUGCUGGGCGCUCUGCCCCGCCUGCCCAACCACAGCUUCUGUGAGAUAGGAGAACUCACACAGACUGGCGUGGUGCAGCACUUGCGGAACGGCGAGACCCUGCACAGCACCUACAUCGAGCGGCACCAGCUGCUGCCGGCGGGGCCGUCGGGCGCGCAGCUGUACCUGGAGUCGACGGGGAAGAGCCGCACGCUGCAGAGCGGCCUGGCGCUGCUGUACGGCCUGCUGCCGGACUUCGACUGGGCGCGGCUGAGCGUGCGGCACCAGUGGUACACGCUGUUCUGCGGCGGCGGCUGCGACUGCCCGCAGCGGGCCCGGUACCUGGCCGAGGAGCAGCGCCGGCAGUACCGGCUCCGGGCGGCCGACGCCCUGCUGGAGCGCACCUACGCGGACAUGGCGCGGGCGGUGGGCGUGCCCACACGGCAGCUCCGCGUGGCCAACCCCAUCGACUCGCUGCUCUGCCACUUCUGCCACGGGCUGAGCUUCCCGUGCGGGGCGCGCGGCUGCGUGUCGCGCCAGCAGUUCCUGGCGCUGAAGCGGCAGCAGAUGGAGGACGAGCGGGACCGGCUGGGCCGCGGCCUGUACCUGCGCUACGCCCUGCUGGCGGCGCACCCCUUCCUGAACCGCACGGCCGCCCGCAUGCAGCGCGCCGCCCAGGGGCGCCGCGACGAGCCCUUCGCCCUGUACUCGGCGCACGACGUCACCGUGGCGCCCGUGCUGAGCGCGCUCGGCCUGGCCCGCGCGCGGGCGCCCCGCUUCGCCGCCCGCCUGGUGUUCGAGCUGUGGCGGGAGGAGGAGGGGGGGGGGCCGGGCGGGGGGCUGUACGUGCGCGUCCUCUACGACGGCGAGGACGUCACCUUCCACACCAGCUUCUGCCGCGCCCACGACCGCGCCUCCGCCCAGCCCCUCUGCCCCUUCCACAACUUCCUGUCGUUCGUGCAGAGGGACAUGUUCGGCCCCCUCAACACCACCAGCUACCAUGACGCCUGCCAUCGGCGCACCGUUUGAGAAGUGUGUGUGUGUGUGUGUGUGUGUGUGUGUGUGUGUGUGCGUGUGCGCGCGUGCGCGCGUAUGUUUGUGUUAAGAGUGGUGGCACACUCUUUAAACAGCUGAAGGUUUUUUUAUUUGCGUGUAGUUUUAGUUGAUAUAACUGCACCAGUGCACUAAUCUGAGUCAUUGUAAGAUUUCAGUGUUUGGGAACAGGAACACCAGUUACCCUCAAUGCCCCAGGCCCCUCAGAUCAGAUUGAUAUUUUCUAAUUUUCCAAACUCUUAAUUUUUUUUAAAUGGAGACUGUUUAAAUCUCUGUUUUAUGGAUCUUUACGACUUUAUAUAUUCUGAGCAUACUGUGGUGUUAACAGUAUUGUUAAUUGUUUAUUGUUUAUUGUUUGUGGUGUAAGCAUUCGUAAAAUAGUUCAAGGCAAGUAAGGGCAGUUAGUUGCUUGAUACGGUUUCAAGCUUUUGAUGAUGGCUUUUGAAGAGAUUUGUCUUUGAUCUAAAUCUACCAAAAACAAAUAGUUUGCUGCACAUUAUCUUGUUUAUUAUUGAAUUUAGUCAAAGUAGUGAGAAUAUUAUGUCAUUUUUGCUACUGAGAAAUGGCAGAUACUAAAAUGUUUUUGUCUUUUUAAAAACAUUGCAUUGCCAGCCAGUGGUUUACCUUUUCUGUGUCCUGCCAGGAGGGAGACACUGCUGGUUGCUAUGAAACCAAACUGCUGAUGAGAUAAAGACAACAAAAAUGCUUAACCUUAAAAUGAAGGACUAAACCAUUUAAUAAUUUCACAUGAAAAAUGUACUUUCUGGGUGCUGUGUACAGUGAUAGCCACUAACUGCUGUUCAGUAGAUGCUAAUUUUGCAUUUAGCUAAUUCAGGAAGGAUGUAAUGUUAACUUAGUCUAAAUACAAUAAAGACUACCUCUCAAACCCCCCCUCCCCACAUAGCUGAAAACUAAGCUGUUUCCUUGAAGACAAAAAACAGUAAAUCGUUAAAAAAAAAAAAAAAAACAUGGGUCAUGGGUUGACCUGUGCAGGUUUGGAGAACUGUACUGAGCGACAUAUUGCUUUUUAAAGUUAAAGUUUUCUCCAAUACAUAAUUUUAAAGAUGUUCAGGAAGGUGGACAGUGUGAGUUAAAUGAAAUGGCACUGGCAGUGGACCCGUGUGUUCUGCGUUUAAACGCACAUUCAGGUACCUCUCUCUCCACAGGUCAAACUUCACUGGAGCAAUAAGCAGAAUGUUUCCGAGCGGGGCAUCACAAUAUCCAUGUUCACUUUAACUUGGGUGCUGGAUUCAUUACAAACGUUUUCUAUUCUAGCUUUUGUAUAUGUUUUUUCCAACUACACAUGGUGCUUGAGACCAGUUAAAAAUGCAUUUUGCAGACUAGUUUUGUACCAAGCAUCUGGUAGAACAGCAGAGAGAACGACAACAAUAUUGUGGCUUUUUAUUGUGCCAGUAUUUGGUGUAAUGUUUAUUAUUAUUCUAUCAAACGCCCCAGAGGGGGGGAGUAUUGUCAAGGAUAUUGUCAGCCCUUUGGUCAGUUCGCUCAUGGUUUCUGAAUAUGGUCCACCCCCCCCCCCCCCCCCCAAAUGAUUCAGCUCCCCUCCCUGUCUAAUCAUGGGUUUUCUGCACACUGGUCCUGCAUGUUCUGUUCACUGCACGUGCUCAUGGGAGAACCUACAAGGGGCUGGCUUCCUGUACUCAUCAUCUUCAUGAAGUCAUGGCACCCUCAUUGGAUAAAUUCAGGAUAUUGAAUGAAUUGGGCCAUUGUAGCUUACUGAAUUCGAGGUGUUUGUUGAAAUCAUACAGAUUCAUCCCAUUGGAGCAGACAAUCUGAUACAUUUUUCAGUGGGACGGAGGGUUUAGCGUAACCGUUUUAUGAAAAAGAGCUCUGUUAGCGGCCCCAAAUGAUUGGUUGGUGAAGCACAGGUUUGCAGCACAGGUUCCAGUCUGGGCUGAUCAGAUUGAGGGAUAUGGCGGACUUUAUUCUGUUGUGCGAAGUACGACAAUCUCCGCCAGUUUCCGCCUAGUAUGCUAGCAGCUGCUAGCUCUCCUGUAGUACCCUGGGGCCUGUGGUGUGGGAAGCCUUCUCAGGUUGGCAUGGAGACAAUGUCCCAAUCUUUGUCUCGCAUAUCUGCUAGGAGUUCAAAACCAGAAUUUACCAUCAGAGAAAAGAAAUAUAUAAGUGUUGUGUAUAUUUUCCUAUGGAUGAACUGGCUUCUCUGUUGUACAUUACAUUAUAUUACAUACAUUAUUGGCAUUUGGCAGACGCUCUUAUCCAGAGUGACAACAGUUGAUUAGACUAAGCAGGAGACAAUCCUCCCCUGGAGCAAUGCAGGGUUAAGGGCCUUGCUCAAGGGCCCAACGGCUGUGCGGAUCUUAUUGUGGCUACACCGGGAUUAGAACCACCGACCUUGCGUGUCCCAGUCAUUUACCUUAACCACUACGCUACAGGCUGCCCAUGUCCCAAGGAGAUCAAUCAUUAGAAAUUAAGCGAUUUUAGUGGAUUAUUGUUUUUGAAUGCAUGAUGUUUGUCCUCCUUCCAGUAUGUCCUUAUUUGUUUAGCACUUUUGAUAUACGAGCAGGGGCCACCAAUAGGAUUCACAGCACAACUCAACUGGCGCGUUUGUCCACGUAGGUGUGCCCCCAAGCCUGCGUCACUGGUGCAGAGAAAGAACAUUCCAUCGCAUUCCAACAUCCCAACAUCCCUUUGCUGUACAUGAAAUGGACCAGUGUUUUAAUCUCUAUUAGGGGGGCAAGACUGUCAACUGUAAUCACAUUCUAAAGCACCCAGCCCCUACAACUCAGUCUCAAACAAUUGGGUUUAUUGCAGCUAACGAAUUGCAGCUAACGAUAUGCAGGAUUUUAUACCUGCAACUGUCUGUGUGUGAUGCAUUCACUUAGUGAUGCUACAGUUGAUCCGUUUUAGCAAGAGUGAAAAUGAAGGUUAUUAUUGUUUUAUAAUGUGGGUUUUUUUUUUGUGCCUUCCUCACUGCAAAGUCUUUUCCAGGGCAGUUUGAGGCAGGUAUACCUCUGAAGAAUAAAGACUGAAUUCUUGAAAUCUGGUGGCUAUGGGGACAGAUUACAUUAUGCAGUGUGUAAAGAUUCCCCAGGUAGUCCACUGGAAAUAUUUGACUUAAUAUUUAUGAUUAGGGUUUAAUUAUGAAAGUGCAAAUUAUUUUAUUGAACUGUAAUGCUUAUGCUUUUUUUCUUAAACCUGUUCGUAACAGUGACUGAUUUCGAGUUGAGAAGUGUGUGUAUAACGGUUUAUACUCUGGCAAAGUUACCAUUAAAUAAGUCUGUUGUAAA